ACCAGACACAAGUACCCAAUCUAACCCCGGCUAGGCAGCAGCCAUCGGCUGGGCUGCAGAAUGGCAUCGGUCCGUCUAGAUUCUAUAGAGAACUUAACAGAACCUCAUCAUGAAAUGCAUAAUUCUAUUCACAGAACUUGUUUAAUCUUUCCACCGAUGAUCAACUCCGUUGGCAUUUGGGGUUAUCUGCAGAACACCGAAAAUAAUCCGCUUGUUUAUGCCUUGCCGCGGCUCGAGUUGCAGAUUUUGUUAGCUUUCUUCGUCACCCAUAGUCUGCAUUUCAUUUUCAAGCGCAUUGGCCUCCCUAUUUUCGUCUCCCAACUUCUUACCGGAUUAAUUUUGGGUACUGCUGUACAAAACAUGAACGAGGAUUUCCAGAAGAUCAAGUUAUCAUUCGGCAGUGAAGAGAUUCUUGAUGUUACUGCAUCGUUUGGCUUCACACUCUUCAUUUUUCUCAUGGGUUUGAAGAUGGACCUCAUCAUGGUGUUUCGGACAGGCAAAAGGACAUUCAUCACCGGUGUUAUGUCCCUUCUAGUGCCGCUGCUCAUGGGUUUAGUAGCAUUGGAAAAGGUUGCAAGCUUUUGGGAGCUAGAUAAAGAAGAUAAACUCAAAAUUUACAGGAUUGUCUUGUUCAAUUCUAUGACUUCAUAUCUUGCAAUUGCUUGUUCACUAAGUGAAAUCAAGAUCCUGAAUUCGGAGCUUGGUAGACUGGGGCUUUCUACGGCACUGGUUAGUGAUAUUCUCAGCCUGUUUCUCACAAGCUCCAGCACAUUUGUGAGAGCUGUGCACAGCCGGGAUAUUGCACUGCCUAUCUUAAAUGCUACAUUGCUUAUAGCUUUUGUGGCCGUGGCGCUGGGUUUCCUCGAACCCGUGCCUGGGUUCCUUCGAAGAACCAAAGCGUGGGUUCUUCGAAGCCCAGGCGCUGGGUUCUUCGAAGCCCAGGCGCUGGGUUCUUCGAAGCCCAGGCGCUGGGUUCCCUCGAACCCGCGCUUGGCUUCCUUGAAGAACCCAGCAGCUGGGUUCUUGAAGAAACCUAGGCGUGGGUUCGAGGAAACCCAGCGCUUGGGGUUCAAAAAACCCACGCUUGGGUUCUUCGAAGGAACCCAGGCGCUGGGUUCCCUCGAACUUGCGCCUGGGUUCCUUCAAAGAACCCAAGCUUGUGAACCCAGCAACGGACGUUGGUGUUUGCCGUCUAGGGUGUGAAUGGGAAGAAGGUAAGAAGAUAGUGAUUUUUGCAGGAGGUGGGCCUCACAUUUUUUUUUUUUUGUUGGCUGAAAUCUAAUGUGUUUUAAUGACAUGGUAUUGAUCUGUAAUAAUAUUUUGACAUGUCA